CCUUCUACACGAACCAGCAGGGCAACCCGAGCUACGUGAGCGGCUAUGGUGACGACGACAAGGUGCCGCUGGCCGCGCACGGCGAGAAGUUCGGCGGCGUGUAUGGCGACAGCAGCUACCACCUGCCCGACCCCAACUCCUUCCCCAUGCCGCAGGCGCCGCACCGUGGCGACACGCCGUUCCAGUCCGACCUCGGCCCCGACGACUCGGCGUCGCAGGUGGCAUGGGCCAAGCGGCAGGCGGCGCCGAAGCGCGGCGCCACGCGCAAGGUCAAGCUCACGCGCGGCAACUGGAUCGUCGACCACCGCGUGCCGACGGCUGUUAAGAACUCGAUCGAGCCCAAGUGGAGCCAGGGCACGCGCACAAACGAGUUCACGCACAUGCGCUACACGGCCGCGACGUGCGACCCGGACGAGUUCACCGUCGACAACGGCUGGACGCUGCGCACGUCGGCGCAGUACCAGCGCGACACGGAGCUGCUCAUUGCCAUCACGUACUACAACGAGGACCGCAAGCUGCUGGCGCGCACGCUGCACGGCGUCAUGCUCAACAUCCGCGACAUCUGCAAGUCGAAGGCAUCGAAGUUCUGGCGCCGCUCCGCCGAGGAGGGCCGCCCGGGCUGGCAGCGCAUCGUCGUGACGCUGAUCUUCGACGGCAUCGACCCGUGCGACAAGGAGGUGCUCGACCUGCUCGCCACCGUCGGCGUGUACCAGGACGGCAUCAUGAAGCGCAAGGUCGACGGCAAGGAGACGGUGGCGCACCUCUUCGAGUACACGACGCAGCUCUCCGUCGACCCCACGCCCGCACUCGUCACGCCGCACGGCGACGACCCGUCGAACCUCGUGCCCGUGCAGAUGAUUUUCUGUUUGAAACAGAAGAACAGCAAGAAGAUCAACUCGCACCGCUGGCUCUUCAACGCCAUUGGGCGGCAGCUGCAGCCCGAGGUGUGCAUCCUGCUCGACGCCGGCACCAAGCCCGGCCACAAGAGCCUGUACUACCUCUGGGAGGCCUUCUACAACAAGCCCAACCUCGGCGGCGCCUGUGGCGAGAUCCACGCCAUGCUCGAGGGCGGCCGCAAGCUGCUGAACCCUCUCGUGGCCGCCCAGAACUUCGAGUACAAGAUGUCAAACAUCCUCGACAAACCGCUCGAGAGCUCGUUUGGCUACGUGAGCGUGCUGCCGGGCGCAUUCAGCGCGUACCGCUUCCGAGCGAUCCAGGGCCGCCCGCUCAACCAGUACUUCCACGGCGACCACACGAUGGCGGACCGGCUCGGCAAGAAGGGCCUGCACGGCAUGAGCAUCUGGGGCCAGAACAUGUUCCUCGCCGAGGACCGCAUCCUCUGCUUCGAGCUCGUGGCCAAGGCGGGCGACAAGUGGACGCUGAGCUACGUCAAGCCGGCCAAGGGCGAGACGGACGUGCCCGAGGGCUCCGCCGAGCUCAUCUCGCAGCGGCGCCGCUGGCUCAACGGCUCGUUUGCCGCGUCCGUCUACUCGCUCGUGCACUUCUUCCGCAUCUACAAGUCGAACCACGGCGUCGUGCGCCUCUUCUUCUUCCACCUGCAGGUGCUCUACAACGCCUUCAACCUGCUCUUCUCGUGGUUCGCGCUUGCCAACCUCUGGCUCACGUUCUCCAUCAUCAUCGACUUCCUGCCCAACGUCAUCUUCAAGGACAGCAGCGACACGGUGCAGCUCAUCCUGCACUGGGUCAACCUGGCCGCCAAGUGGGUGUACAUCUUCUUCGUCGUGCUGCAGUUCAUCCUCGCGCUCGGCAACCGGCCCAAGGGCGAGAAGCGCACGUACAUGAUUUCGAUCUGCGUCUUUGCGCUGCUUGGCUUGUACCUCAUCGUCGUCGCCGUCUGGCUCACGGCGCGCUCCAUCACGGACCUGCUGAACAACACGGGCGACCUCGGCACGCGCCUCAAGAACCUCUUCGUCGAUCCCACGCAGGCCGUGCUGCUCGCGGCACUGGCGGCGACGUUCGGCAUCUACCUCAUCGCCUCGCUCCUCUACGCGGACCCGUGGCACAUGUUCACGUCGUUUCCGCAGUACAUGCUCAUUGCGCCCAGCUUUGUCAACAUCCUCAACGUGUACGCCUUCUGCAAUCUGCACGACGUGUCGUGGGGCACGAAAGGCUCGGACAAGGCCGACGCACUGCCCUCCGUCGACACGAAGAAGGACAAGCCCGGGCAGGAGGCGGGCACCGUCGAGGAGAUCGAGCAGGAGCAGGCCGACAUCGACAACAACUUCAAGGCCGUCGUGUCGCGCGCCGUGGCGCCCGUCGUCGUCGAGGAGAAGGUCGAGCGGCCGACGACGGACGACGCCAACAAGACGUUCCGCACGCGCCUCGUCAUCUUCUGGCUGCUCUGCAACGGCGCGCUGGUGAUCGCCAUCAUGAACGUCAACGGCGUCACGGCCAAGAACGUCACGCAGGAGGCCGUCGACGCUGCCCAGGCCAAGAAGCAGGGCACCUACUUCAACAUCAUCAUCUGGUGCACGUUUGGCCUCUCCUUCUUCCGCUUCCUCGGCGCGCUCUACUACUGGGUCAUCCGCCAGACGCUGCGCUGGUUCCGCAAGACGUAGCGGGCCCCGCUCGCACGCCCUCCGACGCUGAUCUUAUACCCGCUCCAACCCCCCUGCGCGUGCUGCGGCCCGCGCUCUCGCCGCGGCGCACGCCCGCGCGCGCCGCACUGCUCACCGGUCUUGUCUGCACGCACACACUCCUUCCCCGCCCUCGUGUCCCAUAGGCCUCUCUCUUCUGUGCGCCCCGGUGGCAGAGCAAUGGACGCUUCUCGUCUGAGCAUCGG